AUGACGCCCGUGAUCAUCCUCCGCUCUGAGCCGCCGCUCCCGGCGUUCUGCAUGCCGUUUCCGAUCCCGCCGCCUGACACGGACAUGUCGAUGCUUCGGCUUUCGGUGCUGCGGAUCCUCACGGGUCAAAAGGGCCUGCCUGCGCCGCAGACCCUCACGCACAGUGAGCAGCUGAAGCAGAUGACUGUGCAAGGCUGGCGGCUUCGUAUGUUGGAUCUCGUCCAAGUGCAAGGCGGUAGCCAGCUGCCAGGGAACGACGAGAUCGAUUGCGGCUUGGACCUGUCCGACGAUCACAAGUGCUCAACGCUCGAGCAUGGCGACGAGAUUGUCGUACGUCUGCACCAAGGCUACACACUCCCGGAUUUGCAGCUGCCUGACCUGGGCCCGGCGCACGACUACUCGGUGAACAUUGACGACAGGGAUCAUUUGUACAAGAAGCCUGUGUACACGAUUGCGCCGCCUACAGAGCCGUCGUCGCAUUCGUCCUCUGUGCAAGCGCAUCCGACCGUUAACUACCAGGCGUUCCAGUACCCGGACUAUCGCCAGGGCUACCGCGUCGUCGUGGCACGUGGGGCCGGCAACGGUGUGCACCGUCGCAUGUACGACGGACUAGGCCCUGCCGUGCCCUCUCACGAGCUUGAUCGCGAUCGCGAGAUGGAUCCGCACCAGCUUGCGCAGCUCAAAGGCCUCGCACGCUCGAAUGGCGUGGCAGGGGAGCAGGCGCGUGCGCGUCUCGCCGAGCUGGGCCAAUGGCCGGCGUACGCCAAACCCUCGAAGAAACGGGUGCACAAGGCUGUGCGUGACAUGCCUGGCGCUGCGCCUCGCCGCUUGGGCCCUGGCGUCCCUGAGCCGCCAGUGCCUAGCGCGUUGUACACCAGCGCAACGAUCCCUACGGAGGGCAUGGCCUCCGGCGUGUACCACGCCCCUGCACCUGUCCCAGCACCGCGUGGACCGCCCGCAUACACGCCCAGUGCGGCGCCUGUGCGCAGCAAGGAUGCGGCACGUGUGAAUGCGCCGCUGCCGGCGGCGCCUGUACCAGCCCCCGCGCCUGCGCCUGCCCCGGCCUCUGCUCCCGCCGUGGCUGCGCCGGCCCCAGCACAGGCCCACCAGGCCGCCCUGGCCGCAGCGCCUGCCGUGCCGAUGAAGGACGUCGCUACGGCGCCUGUCAAGGCCAAGACAGGUCAACGUACCGUCCCUGUGGCAGCGCCUGUGGCGGUACGCAACGCUGUGCCCGUCGCGUCCCGCACAGCCAACGACGCGGGCCUCGUGCCUGUGGCGGCGCCGGUAGACGAUUUGGCGACGGCGACGGACCGUAUGCGUUUGCAGCAGGAUGCGACGUUGCAGGCGCAGCUGGGUGCGCAUGGACGCAAAUCCAAGGCUAAGAAGCCCAAGACCAAGACGAAGACCAACACGAAAAAGUCGGGAAUGGGUUUCGGCGCUCGCGCGUGGCAUGCCUUUGGCUCGUCGAAGGAAUCGAAGAAUACAGCGGUCUCGCUGCUGCUAGUCCCACUCUACUCGACGUCGCUGAUCGGCAACAAUGCUACGACGUCGCGCUUGACGCAGCCCAAGCGCCGUGGACUCUUGUCGUGGCGGAAAGGCGAUGCUGUGCAAGUGCUUGGCGCCGAUGCCAAAGGCGAGCCCAUUGUGGAGAUGACCUCUGGAUCGAAAGGCGAUCACUCGCCAGGCGUCCCUACGGUGCUGCAAAACGAGGGGAUGCCUGUCGUGCCUGCUGAAGCGGCGCAGCCGGCCCAGCCCGCGGCGGUGACAGCGGACGUGCCUGCGGUCGUAGUGGCGCCUGCCCAGCCACCACCUGUCACGUCGCAGCCGGUGUCGAUGCAGGCUAUGUCUACGCAGACGAUACCGACGCAGACGAUGCCGAUGCAGACGAUGCCUACACAGUCGAUGCCUACACAGUCGAUGCCGACGCAGUCGAUGCCUACACAGUCGAUGCCGACGCAGCCGAUGCCGACGCAACCGGUGUCGUCGCAGCCGGUGUCGUCGCAGCCGGUGUCGUUGCAGGCUAUGCCUACGCAGCCGAUUCCUACGCAGCCGACGCAGGCUAUGCCUACGCAGCCGAUUCCUACGCAGCCGACGCAGGCUAUGUCGACGCAGGCGAUGCCGACGCAGACAACACCCACCACCGCGCCUAGGCCGACAGCCACCGCUGUUCCGAUCGCGUCGACCCACGACACGACGCCGACGCAGCGUAGCCGUACAGGGCUCGCGCAUACGCCGCUCGCAAACGUGCCGGAUCCCAUGCGUCCUCGUCUGCCCGUGCAGAGCGAGACGCCACGAUCGGUGGCCAUGGCCCCUACACCGCUUGCUCGUGCAAAGCCCACCGUCGAAGAAGAGUACGAAGAUGGUGUGCUUCGUGCCAAGCAUGCCUCGCACGACCGCUCGGGCGUGUUGGAGCGUGUGCCAGGCGCCGGCGUUUUGCAUCCCGACUCGACGACGGCCGAUGGCUCGGCCGUGCUCGAUCCUGUGCCUGGCGCAGGCCUUCUGCAGCGCCAUGGCAGUACCAAAUCCUCGCGUCGCCAUGGCAGAGACGCCCUGCGGUCUUCGCACCCUGUCGACGACGUUCAUCCUGCGACAGAGUUCCAUUCAACGCGGUCCGACGAGGCGUCGUCGGCCCUCCACAAACUCUUCCACACAUCGCUCACCGGCGAGGAAGAAGGCGCGCCGCUGAGUCGACAUGGCUCGUUAGUAAGCCGCAAAGGUUCGCGUCGGCGUGCUCCUGAAUCGCAGGCGCCUGUAGCUGUGAUGCCGCAGCCAACAGGUACGAUGUACAUGGAGCAGCUGCCGGAUCAGGUGGUGGGCACGUCGAUGGUCGCUUCGCCAGCGUAUGCGCCAGCAACGACUAGGUCGAGUCAGGCCCCGACGCUUGCGCCGCCGCUGCCUGUUAGCACCCUCCGUGCACCUAUGGUAGCCCCCCCUUCGCCUGCACGUGCCGUCGCACCUGCCACGCAACCUGCGCCAGUCACGCCAGUCGCGCCCGACACGCCCGACACGCCAACGCCGACCGCAUCUGCCGAGCCAUCGGUCCCUGUGACGUCGCAGCCGACCGCAUCCUCGCUGGCCCCUGCCUUGUCGUACACGAGUACCAUUGCUACGUCGGCGCCUCGUGCUCGCCCUGUCUCGAUGAGCGCCGCACCAUCGUACACGAGCAGCCAUGGCGCCCUCCCCUCCGCCUUGGGCGAUACGCGUCUGCCGUGGGAGCAAGGCGUACCGUCGUCAAUGUCGACCCAGGCCUUGCCCCCUCCCUCCCAUCACUACACACGCAUGACCACCUCGACAUCGUUCCCUUCUGUGCCGACGGCAGCUAUCGCUAGCCAGGCCACUGAGCCAGCUGCUACGAGCCGCACCGCCGCAACACCCCUCAUGCCGUCCAGUCCCCCACACACGGCGGCCAUGCCCACCGUGUCCGCGACGUCGCCCAAGAUCCCGGCGCCGGUCGAACAAACGUCGUCGGCCGAUGUGUUUACGCAGGAAGUCGUCGAGGCGUUGGAUGCAGAGAUGCCCCACGACCACGAUGCGCAUGCGCACAUGCACUUGUCGCGCGCUGAUCGUCGCUACUUGGAAGUGCAGCGCGAAUUGGCCGCUGAGCGGGCCCGCCAGGACCGCGCCGAACGUCAUCGGCAGGAACGCCUCGCGCAGCGAGCAGCGGCUCGGCAAGAAGCGCAAUCGUCGGACCUCUCGCAACAGUGGGCCGCCUUUGAUGAGCAGCGCCAACGCGAGCGCGAGGCAGGCUUGCCCCCACCGUCGAUUCCCUAG